AUGAAUCUUGCAGAACAACAAAAGAAAGACUUAAUUGUUAAUGAAAUUUUAGUUAUGAAAAAUUCUCAUCAUAAAAAUAUUGUUAAUUAUGUAGAAGCUUAUUUAAGAGGAACAUUCGAAUUAUGGGUUGUCAUGGAAUAUAUGGAAGGUGGUUCAUUGACUGAUAUUAUUGAAAAAAACCCCAAAUUAACUGAGCCACAAAUAGCCUCAAUCUCAUUAGAAACUAUUAAAGGAUUGAAAUUUUUACAUGAAAGACACAUUAUUCAUCGUGAUAUCAAAUCAGAUAAUAUAUUAAUGGAUAUUAAUUGCAAUGUUAAAAUUACUGAUUUUGGGUAUUGUGCUAAACUAACCCAACAAAAGAGUAAAAGAAUAACUAUUGUUGGUACGCCUUAUUGGAUGGCACCUGAAGUUAUUAAACAGAGACAAUAUGAUGAAAAAGUUGAUAUUUGGUCAUUAGGUAUUAUGAUUAUCGAAAUGAUUGAAGGUGAACCACCAUAUUUAGAUGAGGAUCAUUUAAGAGCGUUGUAUUUAAUUGCUAAAAACGGUACGCCAAGAUUAAAAAAUCCCGUGGUUUUAAGUGAUAGUAUUAAACGAUUUUUAUCAAUUUGUUUAUGUGUUGACGUUCGUGGAAGGGCUACAGCUGAGGAAUUAUUAACGCAAAAUUUCAUUAAGAAAGCAUGUCCUCUAUCAGGGUUAGCUCCUUUAUUAAAUUUCAAAAGAAAGGAAUUUCAAGGGGCCCGUUAA